ACGUACGCCCGCGAGCUAGAGAUUAGCAGGACUGCACGAGCCGAAUAGAAGGCCGGCGCCGCUUCGAAUGGAUCGAGCCAUCCAAAUGGUGCUUCUGUCAACUGUCAGGUGGGACGGGGGGACGGGGGCGUGGUGACGUCGGAAGCUGCCGUGCGGCCGCAGUGUCGUUUCCCGCAACGCAACGACCAGCGGCAGCGUGGCGAUCCGCCCCCACCGCUCUUCCCUCCGCUCCGCCCUCGCACUAUUUCUAGCACCGCCGGAGCCGGGCUGGACACUUCUCAUCUCCCAUCUCCUCUGCUUCCCAGUCCCCGCCCGCCGUGAGAGCCCGCCACUGCUGCAUCUCAAGGGUCAGAGGUUGUACCGAUCAUCGCUGUGGCCUUCGCCGCCGGCCGCCGGCGCAUCAACCACCGCGCCGGCACGGGCGCAUGCAGGUGACAUUCCGCUCUCCGGCUCUCUCCGCCGGACGUGGGUGCUCCCCCGGAACAAAACGCCUACCUACUCUCUCGGCAACGUUUCUGGAAGUUCGUUGAGGCAUCAAAGAAUUGCCUGCCCUGCGCCGUGCGCGUGUGCCGUGUGACGGCGCGGCCGGGAUGGGCAAGAUGAACUGCUUCUCCGGCCUGCUCAGCGGCAAGAGGAAGGCAUCCAAGGGUAAGAACAAGGGCGCUUACGUCAAGAAGGGUAGUGGCAAUGAUUGUCCCAAGGUGAAGCCGGUGGAGUUCAUGGACAUGGCGGACACUGUUGUCGACGACGUCGUCAGCAGAGGCGGAGACAGCAGCGUUCCUGCGUCUGCAUGCAACAGUAGGUUUGUCGUUCACGCAGCCGCCCAGCUGCCACGCCAUGCCAGUGGCGAGAAUGGCGACAAGGCCGCAGCUAAGAAGGAGUCGUCCGCCGCCGACGACGACCUCGUCGCCGGCGUUGGCUCCUCCGGUCACAGCAGCUACGGAACUGGCAACAGCGAUGCCAAGAGCACCGAGCCGGACGACGGCGAGCGCUCCAGCCUUGGCCGCAUGUCGCCAACGGCAUCGCCGAAGCUGAUGCGCUCCUGCUCCAACAUCGAGACGACGAGGUCUGUCGUCCCGGCAGGGUCCGACCUGCCGGCGAAGUCGCGCUCCUACAACGACCUGAAGAUCCUGCCUCCCGGAAGGUCGACCGCCGCCCGCAGCGGCGCGAUCGACGCGAGCCCGACGGCGUCCUUCAGGACCUCGUGCUCCGCCGACCGCGUCAUGCUGAAGAAGCGGUCGUCGAGGCAGGUGCUCCCGUCCAGGAGCCGGAAGCUGUGGUGGCAGAUGUUCCUCUGGAGCCACCGCAACCUGCACCGGCCGGGCGCGAGCGCGACCAUGCCCACGCUGCUGCCGCCAUCGCCGGGGCAAGAAGAAGAAGAAGAAGAAGGCGGUGCCGCGCACCAGCACGACGGGUACACGUCCGACACGCUGGGCGCGGUCACCGCGGACGCCAAGAACAAAGGCGUCGCCAUCGAGGCGGACCCCAUUACGAGCCAGUGGGUCGCGUUCUCCGCCGAGGCCUCGCCGCUGGACCGGGUCAGCGCGUGGGUGAACAGCCUCGGGGACGGCUCGUUCCACGCCGUCGACGAGGACGAUGCCACGGGGCACGGCAGCGGCGGCGAAGGCGCCGCUCGCCCGCGACGGCAGCGGUGCUCCGAGAUCGUGGAGCUGUCGACGGCGACGGCCGGCGGCAAGAGGAACCCGGAGGCGAAGCGGCGCGCGGCGGACGAGGCUGCCCAGGCGAGCGGCAUCGUGCAGACGCUCAACACCUUCUCCUCCGUCGCCCACAUCGCCGGCAUGGGGCUCAAGACCGUCCCGACGAUUGCGGCUUUCUCGACCCUCCGUGCCGUCAAUCUGUCUGGAAACACGAUUGUUGAAAUCAGCGCUGGAUCGUUGCCCAAAGGCCUGCAUUCGCUGGAUCUGUCGAGGAACAAGAUUGCAAUCAUCGAGGGGCUGCGGGAGCUGACGAGGCUGCGGGUGCUCAACCUCAGCUACAACCGGAUCUCACGGAUCGGGCAUGGCCUGUCGAGCUGCACGGCGAUCAGGGAGCUGUACCUGGCCGGGAACAAGAUCAGCGACGUGGAGGGGCUUCACCGGCUGCUGAAGCUGGCCGUCCUGGACGUGAGCUUCAACAAGAUCACCACGGCCAAGUCCCUGGGCCAGCUCGUGGCCAACUACGGCUCGCUGCGGGCGAUCAACCUGCUGGGCAACCCGGUGCAGGCCAACACCGGCGACGACACGCUCCGCAAGGCCGUGUCGGGCCUGCUCCCGCGGAUCGAGUACCUCAACAAGCAGGCCGUCAAGCCGCAGCGCGCGCGGGAGGUGGCCAAGGACAGCGUCGCGCAGGCGGCGCUCGGGAACGCCGGCUGGAACUCGCGGAGGCGGCUCACGCGGCGCCUCAGCCAGAGCCCCGGGUCGGCGGGGAAGGGCGGCCGGGGCAGGGACGGCAACGGCAACGGCAGCCGCAGGGGCAGCAGGAGCAGGUCCAUGACCAGGCCCCAGAGCUCGAGCUUGCCAAGGAGAUGAGAGGCAAAACGUGCGACGUACGUACUGAUAAAAAAAAAUGGUCUUCGGCUUGAAGAGGGAGAAGAAACAACUCUAUGCGUUUAAACUGCAUGCAAUGCAAUGUUGUGAUGAGCUUGAGUUUGACGCAUUUUCCCGAACCUUUUUUGACAGCACAAUCUGUUGCCAGUUAGCGAUGUCUGUAGCUUCUAGUAGUACUACCGUCCAAGGAGGACGUCUCAAAUGGAAAAACUGUUUAGUGGCUACCAUUUGAUUGCUUGAUCUUGUUUGUUUUC